CGGGCAAACAUUCCGCCGCCGCCGAUGGCCGACAGCCGCAGGUCCAGCCGGGCCGGCCGGACCCAGUCCACCACCUCCACCUCCUUCCGCAACCAGCCCGUCCGGCCUUCCGCCGCAGACCAGAGGAAAGGCUCUAAUGCCUCUAGCUCCAGAAGGCCGAGCAUCAACCCAAGCAGACUGGGACGGUUUAGCCGAAGAAGCAUAGCCGGAAUUUCCGACGGACGAACGGCAGAUAAAGGAUCCCUUGUAGGCAACAAGCAGAUCAUACAGAUUUUUGAUGAGCAAGGAAGAGAUGUAACCCCGCGACCUCUUUACCACCCAGAUGGGACCACCCAGCUUAAGCACAGCAAAUUCUUAGGACCACAAGAUAUAUCUAUUAUGUCUGACUUAUCUUCCCUCUCUUAUUAUCAAACUACAAUAACAACUGUCAGUUUUCCUUUCUCAAGGUCAGCAUUUGGAAGCAGCUACUUUUCCAAAUCGAGCUUAUCUACAACCGAGUCCCUGGCAGAAGACAUAGAAGAACCCCUUUUUAAACGAGACACACUGUUCAGUUAUUCUGAUGUACAGGUUAAACAAGAAGUGGUUCAGGAGCAGCUGACCAAAGAAGACUUAGAUAAAAAAGUGGAGAUAUUGCUCAAAGAGACCAAAACUCUGGUGCUCCUCAACUUACCACCUGUCAUGAUAUCCAUAGAAUCCGAAGAAGCGGAGGCAGUGAAGAAUCGGAACAAGGUGUAUGAAGAAUUGUGCAAAAAUAAGCCUGGGAACGAUCGAUAUGUUGAAAGGAUGAUGCAGACUUUUAACAGAGCAUCAAAAAACAAGGAAGUCCAGUGUGACCAAAUCCAAGUGGACGAUGAAGGCAUCAUGGUGACUACCUGGGAUUUGUAUGAUUCUUACAACACGUUGGACCUCGCAAGUUCAGCAUCCAAAACACUGACAACACCUAGAUCUAGGAUGAAAAUUGAGCCUAGCAAAGACCUGGACCAAAAGCCAUCUGGGGUCUCCACAGAGGAAGCUAGUAAAACUAAUUCUAUAAUGGAUGUAGAAAGUUUAGUUUUUACUAAAAUGCAAGAGGAGGAAGAAGAUCUUUCAGAAGCAAUAUUCAAAUCAGAAACAUUUCAGCAGGAUUUAUUUUUUAUGGAGCGAAUUCUGAUGGAAAAUGUAUUUCAGCCCAAACUUGCAGCUUAUCGGAAGCUUCAAGUCCUGAAAGAACCCAAGAUUAAACCGGAAGAUAGCAAAAAAGUGCCAGAAGAAGGCACCAUCGAUGAACACAUGGAAGAGGAGGGAAUCCAGAGUGAGAAAGUGAGCCCUCAAGCCUCCGAAGUCGUUCCACCCACUUUGGAGCGGCUCUGGUCCUUCUCGUGCGAACUGACCAAAGGGCACAACGUGAGCAGUCUUGCCUGGAACAAGGCAAACUCGGACCUGCUGGCUGUUGGCUACGGGCAGUUUGGCUUUAAAGAACAGAAAAGAGGGCUGGCUUGUUGCUGGUCACUGAAAAAUCCAAUGUGGCCAGAACGUGUUUAUCACAGUCUUCACGGUGUGACCUGCGUGGAUUUCUCUUUAUCCACUCCAAACCUUUUAGCAGUGGGCUUUUACAAUGGCACAGUGGCAAUCUACAACGUUUGCACCAAUAGCUCUAUCCCAGUUCUCGAUAGCAGAGAAUCAGGCCAUAAACACAUAGGCCCCAUAUGGCAGCUAAAGUGGAUAGAACAAGACAGAGGAACGACGGGCGACGACAAAGGGGAGAUACUAGUCACUAUAUCAGCAGACGGCAGGAUCACAAAGUGGAUUAUCCGCAAAGGAUUGGACUCUCACGAUUUGAUGAGACUGAAGCGGACGGCCCCUGCCAGGAUAAAGAAAUCAGUGGGUGAAAAAGAGAAGAAAGGCGAAGCACUGAUAUCUCGGCAGGCACCCGGAAUGUGUUUCGAUUUCCAUCCCAAGGAUACAAAUCUCUAUUUGGCUGGCACAGAAGAAGGAUAUAUUCACAUGUGUUCCUGCUCAUAUAAUGAACAAUUCCUAGAUACCUACAGAGGACAUAAGGGCCCCGUGUAUAAGAUAGCCUGGAACCCCUUCUGCCACGACAUCUUCUUAAGCUGUUCUGCAGACUGGGGUAUCAGCUUAUGGCGGCAGGAUACCCUGAAGCCCUUUUUGACUUUCUACUCGACCACUCAAGUUGUUAACGACAUCGCCUGGUCUCCAAAGUCACCCUACGUAUUUGCGGCAGUGAAUGAGAGCAGAGUGGAAAUCUGGGACCUUCACACCAGCAUUUUGGACCCUCUGAUCGUGAACGUGGCUAACCCGGGAAUUAAAUUUACAACCAUCCUCUUCGCUCAAAACACAGAUUGUGUCCUCAUUGGGGACAGUGAUGGGCAAGUCAUAGUGUUCGAGAUACAGAAUAUGAUUAUUUCGGAUGUGACUCAGGAGGAUGCGAUACACGCUUUAUUUGGAAGUGCACCACCCAGCCAGAAGUAAUUUUUUGACCCUCACGCUUGUGUUUAAACAAAGAAGAUGGCGGGAUGCCAUAUAACCGAUCAAGGCCGUAAAAGAGAUUCAGUUUGACUUUUGGAAGAGGCGACGUAUUACAAAUAAAACAAUUUCCACAUUAAAA